UCAUAUGACUUCUGUGUGAGAGCUUCCUCGUACCGGACUGCGCUCCUUACUGCUGAGUCCCGUGAAGCCGGUGCUGCAGACGCAAUGACAAGCAGCAGGAUGAGGAUGCUCGGGGAGGCCGCGCUGGGGAUUGCGCUACUGUUCGGUAUUUUCCAGUCUGGUUGCUCUGGGAGAUUUGAAGUGAAAGAUGCCAGUAAUAAGACCUGCAUAUUGGCGGACCUCUCCAUUAAUUUCACAGUUGAAUACAAGAAGGGUGCUGAGGAGGCUACAGUGCCGUUUCCAUUACCUGACAAUGCAGUAGUCAGCAACAUGAGUACUUGCAGCACAGUGAAUGCCACAGGACCGCUUUUGGCCAUUGCCUUUGGAUCUGGCCACUCCCUCAGCAUGCAUUUUGCUAAAUCUGAUGCAGAAUACCAAGUUAAAUUCCUGACGCUUACGUACAACCUCUCAGACUCGAGCUUGUUCCCAGAUUCUGCUGAAAACGGUACCAAGCAAGUGUCCUCCAACCACACGGAAAUAUCUGCUAAAACAAACCGGUUUUACCAGUGUGCCAGUCCACACCUCAUCAUUAUGGGCAGCGUCAAUGCAACAUUUCAAAACGUUAAACUGGAAGCUUAUUUAAAUGGCAACAAUUACAGUGUAAAUGCUUCUCUUUGCAAAGAAGAUGUUACCCCUACUACUGCCCCUACUUCCGCACCAACUACUGUCGCACCAACGACUCCUCCAGUUAACCCCCCAACACCCAGUACUGGAGAUUAUCGCGUUAAUACAUCUUCUGGAGCAGCUUGUAUAUUGGCCAGCAUGGGUUUGCAGUUAAACAUCACCUACAAGACCAAGGAUGACAAGGAUGUUUCUUCUAAGUUUAAUAUUCCAAAGCAAGUCAAGUAUGAUGGAAACUGCUCAGCGACUUAUGCAACACUGAUCAUUUCAUAUGAGCAAGUCUACCUCUUGUUCAACUUCUCUCUGAAUGCCACAGAAAAUAAAUUUUAUCUUGGUCAAGUCCAUGUCAAUACAACUUUCCCAGAUGCAAAAGAACCCAUUGAUGUAGAUAGUGGCAGCGUCUCCUUCCUGCAGACUACGACACACAAGUCCUACAAAUGCAACGCUAAGCAGACUCUCCAGAUUACUGACAAGUUAUAUAUCGACACCUACAACCUUCAGGUUCAGGCAUUUGAUAUAGAUGACAACAAAUUUGGACCUGUUGUGGAGUGUGCAGCGGAUCAGAACGGUAUGUUGGUUCCCAUUAUCGUCGGGGCCGCACUUGCUGGACUUGUUCUAAUUGUGCUCAUUGCCUAUCUCGUCGGCAGAAAGAGAAGUCACGCUGGAUAUCAAACAAUAUAAUUGCGACAUCUUAUAUCCUGUAAAUGUUACCACUAGCUCAGUACAGAUUUGCAGUGAGCCAACGGGUCUGAUUGGGAGAUUCCAUUGUGUGGGAAAGAUUUCACGCAAACUGCUUCUUACGAUAUUUCUGCUAUUUUAAUGUGAACUACCAUUUAAACGGCAUAUACUUACUAUGCACUGAGUAUCCUGUACGGAAAUAACGAGUCUAAAUUUUGUUUCUCCAUGGGAAAUCAGUCGUCAUCAGGAUAGGAGAAACAAAGUUCUUUUAAAUGGCGCAAAAAAAAUAAAAUAUUAAGUUGACUGCGCCACUUCUGCAUCCAGUACUUAAUUAAACUCUUCAUACACAAAGGGAAAUUGUUCAUUACUACAUUUACUAAGUAUUGCAGAUCAUCCUGCGGUUGUGAUUUAAAGCUGAAUGACUUACAUCUAUCUAAAAGUUACAGUUGUGUGUUUUUUUUUUUUUUUUGUUUGUUUCAGUGAUCAUAAUUUUCUCUGCCAGCUAAAUAAAAGAGAAAUGCCAUGCAGGGCAUUAACAAUGCACUAUUUCACUUCUUUUGAAUCUUGUUUGCUGUUCUGGAGGCUCUGCUUUUUCAGAGCUAUUAAUUUUCUAAAAAAAAAGGAAAGGAAAAUGGAUGUAAUGUUUUGUCUCUUUGGUUUGAGA